UCGGACUUAGAGUUUCCCUUUAAGAAAAAGCUUUUGUUUUUCUAUUACAAAAUUUUCGACCAAUUUUCGUAUCGACCAAUUAUCGGCGAUCAAUUUUCGUUCGACCAAUUUUCGCUCUCCCUCUUUCAGUAUAUACGUAGAAAAAACUUAUUCUGAGGAAUUUCUAGAAAUAGAAAGAAUAAUCUAUUCAAAGAAUUUUACCUCGAUACUUUCGAAAUUAUUUCAUAUAUACUAGCUAUACUCGAGAAAGAUCUCAUUUUAUUCUUACUCUUUCUCUUCUAGUUAAUAUUCCUGCUAAUGCUAAAUGGAAACAGAAGGGUGUGACUAUUGCUGGAGGUAACGAUGCUGGGGAUGCCACUAAUCAACUCUUCGACCCUAAUGGUCUCUUCGUUGAUGAUGAUCAAACAGUGGUUAUUGCUGACUACAAUAAUAAUCGUAUCAUGCAAUGGAAGAACGGGAAUACAACAAAUGGACAAGUUGUUGCUGGCGGCAAACGCCUAGGAAAUGGAUUACAUCAAUUGUAUUGUCCAACUGAUGUAUUAAUUGACAAAGAGACGGAUAGUCUCAUUAUUUGUGAUCAACGAAAUCGACGAGUUGUACGAUGGUCUCGUCGUAGUGGUGCAACACAAGGUGAAAUGCUCAUCGAUAAGAUCGACGGUCAGGGAUUAUCAAUGGAUGAGCAGAGAUAUCUCUACGUCUCUGACUACAAAAAACAUGAAGUAAGACGAUAUCAAUUGGGUGAGAAAAAUGGCACUCUCGUAGCUGGUGGUAAUGGAAAAGGUGAUGGACUCAAUCAACUCAACGAGCCGAGUUAUCUCUUUGUCGAUCGACAACAGAAUGUCUACGUAUCAGACAGAGAGAAUCAUCGUGUAAUGAAAUGGAAUAAAGGUGCAAAAGAAGGUAUUGUGGUCGCUGGAGGACAAGGCAAAGGGAGUGCUCUGACACAAUUGUCUUAUCCUCAAGGAAUCUUUGUUGAUACGUUGGGUACACUCUAUGUACCAGACUUCUGGAAUCAUCGUGUAAUGCGUUGGACUCAAGGAGACAAGAAACAAGGCACUGUAAUUGUGGGUGGAAAUGGCGAAGGAGCAGGAGCAAAUCAGUUCUACUACCCCCAUGGUUUGUCUUUUGAUCAACAUGGUAAUCUCUAUGUCGCCGAUAUGCGUAAUUUUCGUGUUCAACGAUUUUCUAUCGAAGAAGACUUGUGA